AUGAAGGGUUGUAUGCUCAUUAAGGCUGGAGAGCCAUUAGUGCAAGCGUUUCGAUAUGGUACAAGACGCUUGCAUACAUCCAGCAACAGAAAUGCACGAUGGCGUGAAAGCUACAAAAUGGGCUAUAUCCAGCCAGAACUGGGUGACAAGAAACCUACACAUAUCAUAGUAGGAGCGGGAUCUGCUGGAUGUGUGUUAGCGCAUCGUCUAACUGAGAAUCCCGAUAAUCGAGUUCUACUUGUUGAAGCUGGUCCACAAGAUUAUUGGUGGGACUGGCGAAUUCACAUGCCAGCCGCUUUGAUGUACAAUCUCUGCCAUGAUCGAUACAAUUGGUUUUAUCACACGGUGGCGCAGAAGAACUUGCAAAAUCGAGUGUUCUACUGGCCAAGAGGCAGAGUUUGGGGUGGGAGCUCAACGUUGAAUGCUAUGGUAUGGAUACGAGGGCAUCCUUUCGAUUAUGAUAGAUGGGAAAAAGAAGAUGGUGCGAAAGGAUGGAACUUCGCGAAUUGCUUACCGUACUUCAAAAAAUGCGAGACUUACUCUCAUUCCAAGGGCCCAAAAGACCCAUAUAGAGGAUAUAAUGGUCCUCGGAAAGUAAUGCGUGGCAAGGCUACCCAUCCUUUGCACCAAGCUUUUCUUGAAUGUGGAAAGACUCAUCAUAUCGGCACCACGGAAGAUGUGAACGGUUACAAACAAGAAGGCUUAGGAUACUUUGAUCAGUCUAUUCAUAAAGGAGUGAGACAAAGUACAUCGAAGGCUUACAUACAACCUAUACUUUCUCGACCAAAUUUCUACACCUCUACCGGAAUCACUUGCACUCGCAUCUUGUUUGAUAAGACGAAGGCUAUAGGUAUUGAGUUCAUCAGAAAGCUCAAUUUUGUCGGCACUGAGAACAUUGAUUCAUAUAGUCGCGAGAAGAUUUAUUGCGAAGGAGAUAUAAUCGUUUGCGGAGGGGCGAUCAACUCACCUCAGUUGUUGAUGUUGAGUGGUGUGGGGCCAGCCGAUCACUUAAGAGCGCAUGAAAUUCCCGUCGUUGUCAACCUACCGGGUGUGGGCUCAAAUUUAAUUGAUCACUUAGAGAUUUAUGUGCAGCAGAAGUGUAGCCAACCAAUAACUCUCUACAAUAAGAGUUCUUGGAGAUUUCCGCAUCAUAUGAUCAAGACUGGCUUGCAAUGGUUCGCUACCCAGACAGGUCUCGGAGCUUCAAGCCAUCUCGAAACGGGUGGAUUUGCAAGGUCAAACGAUGUCGUGGAACAUCCAAAUAUACAAUUUCACUUCUUGCCUUCAACUGUUCACGAUGAUGGCAGAACGGUAGGAAAGUGUCAUGCAUUCCAGGUACAUGUAGGGAAUAUGAGGACGCAGUCGAGGGGAUGCAUCAAACUGUCGUCUAAAGAUCCACGAAGGCAUCCUAUUAUUGAUCCCAACUAUAUGGAUCAUGACGAUGAUUGGAAAGAGUUUAGGAAAUGUGUUCAAUUGUCUCGUGAGCUUUUUGCUCAAAAAGCCUUCGAUCCGUUCCGAGGUGACGAAUUGGCGCCCGGAAAGGACUGCACGUCAGAUGCGGACAUUGAUAACUUCGUGAAACAUGCAUCUGCAUCGGCCUAUCAUCCUUCUGGAACUUGUAAGAUGGGACCCUCCACCAACAAAAUGGCCGUUGUGAACCCAGAAACUAUGUCUGUCUAUGGAACCGAAAAUCUCAAGGUUGUCGACGCCAGCGUAAUGCCGUCGAUAGUUAGCGGCAACCUAAACGCACCAGUAAUCAUGAUAGCCGAAAGAGCUGCUGAUCUCAUCCAGGGAAAGCAUUUGCCACCACAAAAAGUACCUGUGUGGAGCCAUAAAUCUAAAUAAUUCCUUAGAAUACCGUUAUAGACUUAGAUGUAGUAUUUAAUGUUUAGAGCAUUCGUUUAUUUUUUUCUGUUAUGUGUAGCUUUUGUAGCAACAUCUUGGAUGUAGUCGUUCAGCAUAUUGUGAAGUAUUUUGUAAGGUGCUAACAAUUUCUGGUGUCGUUGAAAUUCCGCAGAUCUGUUUUGAAGCCUCACUUGUCGCAUCUCUCAUAGUAGGACUUAGAUUUUGUUUUGAUGUAUUUUAUGAUAGGUGCAGCUCAUUUUCGAGCUCUUUCCCACGUUAUUUGUGUUAGCGCGUUCAGAGUCUAUAACUUAUUGAUUUUUGUCUCGACGAAAAUCUGAGAUACUGUAAUAUGAGUACCGGACUGUGAUUAUAUAUGCAGGAAUAUCGUUACAUAGUAUUUAUUUGGUGAUCUGCAAUUAUUGUCCUCCGCCCUUUACUCCACGUGUUUGGUGUGACCUUAACAAUAAAUGUU